GCCUUCCUGUUGCCUGAGACGCACCGAUAUAUCAAGGCUUUUGAAGAGAAGACUGAGGCUAUAAAUUCACUCGAGGCAAAAGCUGUCCGGCGGACUGAAGACAGAGCAAAAGUCGCCUGUGGAUCGCUCGAGGUGGUUGUCCACUCUCUGCUGCUCAUCGAGAGAGGAGACAAGACGCUAUCUCGCCAAAGCAGCACCAUUGUGGAAACACUGGACUCCACAGCUGCCAAGUUCUCGAACCUCAGUCAGGUAUCAGAGGAACACAUGUGGGAGCUUGGUGUCGAGGCAGGAGAUUGCAUGGAGCUGAAAGACAGCGUCGGGUGCUUUCUCGACAACCUCGAGGCCAAGAUCUCGGAACUAAACAGCUUUGUUCCACACGUUUUUGAUCAAAAGGCUCGACAGGAUCGCCUAGUUGACGAAAGGCGUAGUCGUGAAAAGGCUCUUGCAGAUCACUAUCGGAAUGCUCAAAACGCGUUGGGCAACGUUGGCAAUGUGAUUGCCAACUUUUUUGACCGCGCUGUCAUGCGAAAUGCUAGGCACCGCCUCAAGCUCGCCCACACCGCCCUCGCCGACAACCGGAGGGAGCAAGAGCGGGCACAAAGCAUGAGCAGGGCUUAUUACCAGCUUGCCAUGACUGUGCGGAACCUCAGCGCUGCUAUCUACAGCCUUCAGAUCACUCUGGAGAAGCUCAAACAGGAUAUUGGCGAGAAGUACAGCUACGUGACAGAUAAGCAGAGUGCCGAGACUCGUCUCUGCCGCGGGCUUCUUGAUCUGCGCAACCAGAUUGUGUCUGGGGACUGGACCACCACGCGUGACCAUUCGCUGCAGGUCGUGCUCAAGCUGCUCACCGCUGGCGAUGCUGUGUUUAUUCCCAGACGGCACUACGAGCAAGUCCAGGCACGCAUCAGGGACAGUAUCACGGCCAAGUUGGGGAAUGGGGCAGUACAGAAGCUGAUAGAGAACGUGCCGAUGCAUGUCGAUGGGUCAGAUGCUGCUUUGGAGUAUUGA